AUGGAGGCCCAGCAACAGAAGUCAGGAAAGCCAUGGAGCGGCACAAAUCGAAUCCCCAACAUCAAGGAAUUUGUUGCAAAGCUUGAUAAGGACAAGUCCGAGAGAGACAAGGCCAUUGAUGGACAGAGACUCGCCGAGGAUGCCCAGCUGUAUUCCUCUGAAAUCACUCCGCACAAGAAUGAAAAGCAAAAGAAAGAGGGCAAAACCGUGACAGAUCCAGUCACUGGCAACCAUGUCGUCAUUGCAGAUGUAGGCAAGGAGUACAUGGCGAGGGCCGACAAUCCCCAGCUGUCGGUGCCAAAUGCCAACCUGGGCAGACCUACCACGGUUUCAACAGACCCUUCCCAAAAGAACCCGAAGUACAAGGAGAAGCAGGACAUCACUGCUCUUCCAGACCCAGUCGCCGAAGGCAGCACUUCCGACGUCCCUAUUCAUGGAGAAAAGACCAAUAUUCUGUUCCAUCCAACUCCUUCAGUCAGUUAUGAGCCGAUGUUUGAACUUCUCGAGAACCGGGCUGGUGGUCUGUGCAUUGCCAUUCUCAUCUCCAUUGUCGUCUUUGGGAAAAUGUUCGGUGGCUCUCUCAAGGGGCUGGUUCCUCUCGGCAUGUGUCUCGCUUCCGCCAUCUGGCUGUGGAUGAAAGAGGUUGUACGAAGUGGCCGUGAGGUGGAAUGGAGCAGUGAGAAAAGCAGAGGAGAGACUGCCGUGGCAAACCUUCUGCCUGAAUCAGUCGAAUGGAUGAACACCUUCCUGAGCGUCGUUUGGGGUUUGAUCAACCCGGAUAUGUUUGCUGCCGUGGCAGACACCCUGGAAGAUGUCAUGCAGGCCUCUGUCCCUAGUGUCAUCAACAAUGUUAGAGUUGCCGAAAUCGACCAAGGAAGCAAUCCUAUUCGCAUCCUCAGUCUACGGGCACUGCCUGAUUCAAAAAUGAACGAGCUCAAGAAGAGCAUCCAUGAAGAGAAUAAAAAGACAAAGGACCCACAAGAAGCGGCAGCCGACGAAGAAGGCGGCGACUAUUACAAUCUCGAGAUUGCUUUUGCAUACCACGCCAAACCCGCCGGUGACCAUGCCUCUGCUUCCUCGAGAGCACGGAACAUGCACAUGAACCUCGUCUUCUAUCUCGGCAUCAAGGGGCUGAUUGGUGUUCCCUUGCCAAUCUUUGUCGAACUUCAAGAGCUUGUCGGAACCGUUCGCCUGCGAUUGCAGAUGACUCCCGAACCACCAUUUGCAAAGAGUCUUACAUUCACGCUGAUGGGCGUCCCACAUGUCCAAGCAGGUUGCAUUCCCAUGGUUCAGAAAGGGGUUAAUAUCCUCAACCUGCCACUGAUUUCAAACUUCGUCAACUAUGCAAUCGCCGCGGCGGCAAGCAUGUACGUUGCGCCAAAGUCGAUGCAACUUGAUCUGAAGUCCAUGCUGCAAGGAGACGGCAUCACCAAAGAUACACAGGCCAUGGGAGUCAUGUGGAUCCGAGUCCAUCGCGCCAUUGGCCUCAGCAAACAAGAUCGUCGUGGUAGCAAGUACGGUGGAAGCGACCCCUACAUCAAUCUGUCCUUUUCGAAAUACGGAAAGCCGAUGUAUUGUACUCGUGUCAUCACAGAUGACCUCAACCCUGUUUGGGAAGAAACCACUGCCCUUCUGGUGACGCCUGAGCUCAUCAAGGCCGAUGAACAACUCAGUGUCGAGUUGUGGGACUCAGACCGCAAUUCUGCAGAUGACAUGGUCGGAAAAGUGGAGUUGUCGAUGCAGAAAAUGAUUCAGCAUCCUGGCAAGAUGUAUCCUCAGAUCUCAAAACUCGCUGGCACUCAUCAAGGAAGUGAGAUGCCGGGUGAGCUACACUGGGAAGUGGGCUACUUUGGCAAGCCCAAAUUUCGACCUGCCCUUCGCACCGACGGCAAAGACCAAAACCUACCGGAAAAGCUUAGGAACGAUGAAGAGCUCCAGGACGAGAAGGGUGUUAUUGACUCCGAAGAUGCGGAUGCUGUGGCGCAUACGCCUCCUGAUCCGUUGUGGCCAAGUGGCAUUUGUAGCGUCAUUAUCCACCAGAUUGUCAGCCUCGAACUUGAGAACAUCAAGGGCAGCGACGGCAAUCGGAAAGGUAAAGAAUUUGAGCCGGCUAAACCCUACGGUGAGGGUACAGAUGAAGAGUCCACCAAACUCCCGACCUCUUAUUGUACCAUCCUGUUUAAUGAUACAUUGGUCUACCGCACUCGAGCCAAGGCUGUUAGCAGCAAACCUAUCUUCAAUGCUGGCACGGAGCGCUUUAUGCGAGACUGGAGAUCCGGAAUAGUCACAAUCACCGUUCGUGAUCAGCGCAACCGAGAACACGACCCAAUCUUGGGUGUUGUACCUCUGCGCCUGUCGGACAUCCUCACCACUAGUUCCCAAGUCACCAGAUGGUACCCUCUUGACGGUGGCAUUGGGUUCGGCCGUAUCAGGAUUUCGCUGCUCUUCCGAAGUGUGGAGACUCGCCUUCCUCCUAACAUGCUGGGCUGGGAUGUCGGCACUUUCGAAUUUAUUUCUGACAGAAUCGUGGCAACCGGUUGGAAGGCAAACACAAAGCUCAAACUCCGCACAGGCGGCAGUGUUGGCAAAAUUCCCAGGACGCAAUGCCACAGCAACGAGGCAGGCGAUGGAGUUUAUUUCGAUGUUUCCGCCGAGGCCAAUAACCAUAUUCGUCUGCCUGUCAAGUACCGAUAUCGAUCACCAGUCAUCUUUGAAUUCCAUGUGGCGGGCAAACGCGGAGCGGUCGCCUAUGCUUCCAUCUGGCUUCAGAACUUGGUGGACAACGAAGAGAUGCCAAUUAACAUUCCCAUUUGGACAACCAAGAAUGGCAACCGACUCGUCCAAAACUACAUCACUGAAGAGAAUGUCGUGGCGUUCAUGGACAAAGGCUUGGAAGACCUGCAGGAGGUUGGCAGGCUUCAGUUCCGAGGUCGCUUCAAGGCUGGCAUGGACGAGUCGCACCGGGAUUUCAUUGUGGACAACAAUAGUCGGGAGACGUACGAGACGUUUGAAGCAUGCUUAACCGAGGGCGUACGUGGGCGAGUUGUUCAAAGCGAGGUACCCGACAAUAUUCAGGAAAUGCACGAGGCAUCCUUGACAGAGGGACGUGACGUUCUCAACCAAGAGGUGUCGGAGAAGGAGAAGCGCAGGUGGCUCAGCAAAACCGGCGAGGACUGGUCUGGAGCAUUCAGCCAUGAUCCAAGGGCAUACACCAACAAAAAUUAUGACAAGAUUGCCGAGCAUGGUACUGACGAACCUCCGCAUGAUCCAUAUAAUCCUUCAGACAACGACGAGGAUGAUGCCGAGCCUUUGGAUGAUGACUCGUCAGAUCUUGGCAUCACCGAUGCCACCAAUGUUCCCGAAGGAACGUUCAAGAAGGACCCCAAGGAGGUCGAUGGUCUAAAUAGUUAUAGUGCGGAAGUGAAUGGGAGGCCCAGUGCUGAUACUACUGCUACAGGCGAAACCGGCUACACGACCAUGACGGAGGGAUCAGCGAGCUCAGUGCAGCCGGUGCAGAAGAGAGAUAGGGGCUUCGAGAAGAAGGCUGGAAAACGAGCGGAAGAGCGCAAACACCGAGGACUGUCGCAGUGGACGCCGGGAAGAAAUGUCAAGUUUGCUAAAGAUGAAGCAAAGAUCGGGAUGAGCAAAAUCAAGAAACGGUUUACGGGGGGACUUGGUGGUAGAGAGCCCGGGGUUGAGAGCGAGGCGUGA